AGAUUUUAUCUCAUGUCCGUGAACGCACCACCUCUCGCCUGUUGUGGAAUGGAGAGUGACGUGUCAAGCAAGUGCCGGAAGCUCUCAGUCGGUCCAAAAUGGCUUACCAGACUCUACAACAGGAGUACCUACAGAUUCCUGUAGUUACCAGGGCUUAUACCACCGCCUGCGUCCUCACUACCGCCGCAGUGCAACUAGAGAUCAUCACUCCAUUUCAGCUGUAUUUUAAUCCGGAUUUGAUUCUAAGGAAUUACCAGGUAUGGCGACUAAUAACCAACUUCCUGUUUUUUGGUCCAGUUGGCUUCAAUUUCCUGUUCAAUAUGAUUUUUCUGUACAGAUACUGUCGUAUGCUAGAGGAGGGCUCUUUCAGGGGACGCACGGCUGACUUUGUCUUCAUGUUCCUCUUUGGUGGGCUUCUGAUGACUAUAUUUGGCACUUUUGUGAGUCUGGUGUUCCUGGGUCAAGCCUUCACUAUCAUGCUGGUGUACGUGUGGAGUCGGCGAAACCCAAACGUCCGCAUGAAUUUCUUCGGCCUGCUGAAUUUCCAGGCACCCUUCCUCCCCUGGGUGCUGAUGGGAUUCUCACUUCUGCUGGGCAACUCCAUCAUUGUGGAUCUUUUAGGUAUCGCUGUUGGUCACGUCUACUUCUUUCUGGAGGAUGUUUUCCCCAACCAGCCAGGUGGUGGAAGGUGGCUCAAGACCCCGUCUAUCAUAAAGAUGCUGUUCGACACACCAGAGGAAGACGCCAACUACAACCCGCUGCCCGAGGAGCGUCCGGGAGGGUUCGCCUGGGGAGAGGGACAGCGCCUUGGAGGUUAAAUACGGCCCCAGAUUUGUACCUGAUUUGUCAGGUCACUUCCAAGGACAUUCCCUCAGAGAGAUGAAGGGGCACAAACAUGGUCUUUGUUUUUUGACUUUGUUUGUUUAAGUUCUGGAUGAAGAAUGCCAAACAAGCAGAGCUGAUUUGGAGAUAACCCGUCUGUUGUCUUUGUAUAUGGGCUUAAAUCAUCCCCAGAAACUCUUUUCUCGACGCAACACGGUUGCUCUAAGACUAUUUUAGAGAACGCUAAGGCUUCGGAUGGAACUCUGGACGGUGAACGUUUGGGCUCGGGUGAUGUUUGUCUUCAUCUAAAAAGAAAAAAAAGAAAAAAAUUAUUGAUAUAAUACAACUGUCAUAUGAAAGAGAAAAAAAUGACAGCAGUAAAAUAGCUAAAAUGGCGAGUGCAUUUUUCUCUCAUUUCACUUUUUAAAAAAUAAAUGUGUGUGGCAAAAUGAUGCUUUGGUUUCAUCUCUUUGAGCUGUUGCUUGAAACCAAAGACGUCUCAACAAAUACGAUGAAUUGAUUCAUACAAAUAACAUUAUGGUCGGUAGAAAGGAUCUUGUAACUUCAUUUUCUGGCCAUUGUAAUAUACAAAUAUCAAGAUUUGUACUAUUUCCUGUAGCUGUACUCCUUUUUUUUGUUUCAUUUGAUACAAACAGCCUUAAAUAGGAUACAUGUAGGACGGUAUGUCAUACACAGAAAGGGUGAGUCUUGCCUAUAUUUGUAUGUGACAAUACUUUUGACUUAUCUUAUAGAUUUUGCACACUUUUAUUUGAUGUUACCAUGUGAUCCGGUUGAAGUGGAUUAUAAAUCCUGGUAAAGACAUUUUUGGCUUCUGUUUGUUGCUCUUGAGAAGAGAUUAAAAAAAAAAGAAAUUAUGGGAUGUGGUGAUGCAUUAAAAAGCUUUGUUGAAUUAUGCUUGAUCAAAAAAAA